AUCCGGGAAUAAUAUGGCGAUCCGAAACUGUGAAUGACAGACUGUGAAUUUUAUAGUUGCUGAAAAUUUUAUUUAUUGGCCAAAAAUUUCAAACGCACGCGUGAAUUAAUUUCAAAGGGAGCCCAAUCGAGACUAAAAUGAAUAAUGAUGCGAAAAAUCAUGAUGGCGAUGACUUGAACUUGAAUUUAAAUAGCGUGGGUCCUGCGUAUUUAAACAAAAACAAAGCAAAGACAACUGCAAAACCAACAGCAGCAGCAACAACAACAAGAACAACAACAUCAAGUGCAGCAGCAACAACAACAGUAACAGUAGCAACACAAGUUAAAGCUAACAGCGCUGCAACUGCACAACGAAUCGCAGCAGCAAAGAAUAACAGCAACAACAACGUCAGACAGGUGAAUUGUACCGGUCCGCGAAUAGCAGCCGCCCGAACCUCUAUAGCGGCUGCGCUCAUUGCGAACAACAUCAAGAAUACGAACACCAACGCCAACAAUAACAACAACGGCAGUAGCAGCAACAAUAGCAAGAAGAAGCAUGAGACGGCGCCUGUUGUUGCCAAGGAUCUGACUAAGGCUACAACUGCAGCGACUGCAGCUGAGCUGUCCAAACUGAAGAGCAGCAACAACAACAGCAACCCUAGUGUCAGGUUAAAAGUGAACAGCAACAAAAGCAGCGCGUUAGCCACAGCCACUGCCACUGCCAACAAUACUAACAACAACAACAACAACAAUAAUAAUAACACCAGCAAAAUGUCGAAAACGGCUGCCAGCAAAACAAACGCGCAAAGCGAUGCGGCUGCAGCUGCGGCUGCAUUUGUUACAGCUGGCACCACAACCACAGCUACAGCCACGCCUAUGCCCGCCACUACAGCAACAAUAGCAACCACAACAACAAUAACAGCAGCAACAACAAGUGAAACGGCAACAAUAAAUGCGCCCAUAGCAGCCGCUGUCGCUGCAAAAUUUCGAGCGGCCAUCGCCUCAGCGCCCGCUCCAGCACCUGCGCCCGCUUCCACGCCCAGCAGCUCCAAGAAGACGCGCGCUGCAUAUGCGGCGAUCAAGCGGCAGGUAGUCAUGCAGCAGCAGCAACAACAGCAGCAAGCGCCUUCGACUGGGGCACUUAGCUCAGCCGCUAGCAGCAAGGACUCUGCGCAUUUGAAAUUUGCAGCGACGACGUUGCUUAUGGGAGCCGCUGCAGCUGCGGCGGAUAGCAAUGCCGGCGCUGGCGCUGCUGUAGGACUUGGUCUGACGCCGCAGACGAGCAGUUCGAAAUCCACAGCUGUGGCUGUGCUCAAGAAGCUGAAUCCUUCAUUGGGCGCCAUAUCGAAUGCCGCUGCCGCUGCUGCCGCCGCAGCAGCCGCUGCGAAUCGAACGGCAGCCGCCGCCGCCUCGUCGUCGGCAUCGUCCAACUCCUCGCCACUGUCGUCGUCGGUAGGCAUUGUGAAUGCUUUCUCCUCAGCCUUGCAGAACAUCAUCACGGAUACGGAUACGGAUACCGAGUUCUAUCCCCAGCCUGCCACCACAGAUCUUUCCGAAUCCGAGGAGGAGUCUGUCUCAGAGAUCCUAUUGGCAUUCUUGUGUUUAAGGCCAGAUCUCUUGGAUGACAUAGCCGAGUCUGAUCACGAUAGCUGUCCUCAUGAGGAGGGCGACGCGCGAGAAGACGAUGAUGAGACGGAAGAGGAAUCUGAGGAUUCAGAUGAGUCUGAAGGUGAUGACGAGGAAGAAGAUGAAGAGAUUGACGUACUGCAAGAUAACGAUGCCGACGAUGAGGACAUCGACGAAGAGGAUGAUGAGGAGGAUGCGCCAGAGGUAAAGAACUUUUUGCUUGAGCCCAACAACAAGCGGUCGAGCAAUCUCACGGCCCUACUGGAGGCAGCCGCUAACGAGAAGGCGCCCGUUCUCCGGCACGCCACGCACGCGAUCGACGAGACCAAGCAGGCGCUAACAAAAAUGCGCUGUGCCAAUAGUCCACGCGACAAGAAUGCUUUCUCGCGCAGCCUUGUCAACGCCUGCGCGGACAAUGAUGUGAACACUGUGAAACGGUUGCUGUGCAAAGGCAACUUGAACGAAGCAACUGCGUCCACGGACGAGGGCGAGUCAUUGUUGUCGAUGGCCUGCUCGGCAGGAUACUAUGAGUUGGCACAGGUUCUGCUAGCUAUGUCAGCUGCCCAAGUCGAAGACAAGGGACAAAAAGACUCCACCCCACUAAUGGAGGCUGCAUCUGCCGGACAUUUAGAUAUUGUUAAGCUGCUGCUUAGUCACAAUGCUGAUGUAAAUGCGCAUUGUGCAACUGGUAAUACACCGUUAAUGUUUGCGUGUGCUGGUGGCCAGGUGGAGGUUGUGAAAGUACUGCUUAAACAUGGCGCUAACGUUGAGGAGCAAAACGAAAAUGGACACACACCGUUGAUGGAGGCUGCGUCUGCGGGUCACGUCGAAGUAGCUAAGGUACUGCUUGAACAUGGUGCCGGCAUUAACACCCACUCGAAUGAGUUUAAGGAAAGUGCGCUCACAUUAGCCUGCUAUAAGGGUCAUCUAGAUAUGGUACGCUUUCUGUUACAAGCUGGCGCAGAUCAGGAGCAUAAAACCGAUGAGAUGCACACAGCACUAAUGGAGGCUUCAAUGGAUGGACACGUAGAGGUGGCGCGCCUAUUGUUAGACUCUGGAGCGCAAGUUAACAUGCCAACUGAUUCAUUUGAGUCUCCCCUUACGCUGGCUGCCUGUGGUGGUCAUGUGGAGCUUGCAACACUGUUAAUUGAGCGCGGUGCCAAUAUUGAGGAGGUCAACGAUGAGGGAUACACACCUCUGAUGGAGGCGGCACGUGAAGGACAUGAGGAAAUGGUGGCUCUGUUGCUUGCCAAGGGAGCCAAUAUUAAUGCCACCACUGAGGAAACUCAGGAAACUGCCCUUACACUUGCCUGUUGUGGUGGUUUUAGUGAAGUGGCCGCUUUCCUAAUAAACGGAGGCGCUAAUUUAGAGCUAGGCGCCUCCACGCCCCUAAUGGAAGCCGCACAGGAAGGUCACACAGAUUUGGUACGAUUCUUGCUGCAGAACAAGGCAAACGUUCAUGCGGAGACGCAAACCGGAGAUACAGCAUUAACUCAUGCCUGCGAGAACGGGCAUACGGAUGCUGCCGGUGUGCUCUUAUCGUAUGGUGCCGAACUGGAGCACGAAUCGGAAGGCGGGCGAACACCACUUAUGAAGGCUUGUCGUGCUGGUCAUUUGUGCACCGUAAAAUUCCUUAUUCAAAAAGGCGCCAAUGUAAACAAGCAGACGACCAGCAAUGAUCACACUCCGCUUUCGCUGGCGUGUGCUGGUGGGCAUCAGUCAGUGGUUGAAUUGCUGCUCAAAAACAAUGCCAAUCCCUUUCACAAGCUCAAGGAUAACAGCACUAUGCUGAUCGAGGCCUCAAAGGGCGGUCACACACGUGUUGUAGAGCUGCUCUUUCGGUACCCCCACAUUUCACCCACAGAACUGUCUCCUGGCACAAGCGCGCAGUCAGUUAAUCACAUGCGUCAACAAAAGUUGCUGCAGCAGCAGAUACAGCACCAGAUGCAAAUGCAACAGUUGAAUGCCCCUCCUGGCCUGCACGAGGUGUCCGAGGCAGCACGUGCCAACAACCAGCAACUGUUAUAUCAGCAGCAAUUCACCGGAAAUGGCCCUAGCAAUAUUGUGGCCCUGGGUACUGGUGAUUUUCUGGAUGCCGGCGAGCUUCAGCUGACGGCGGCCUCUGCUGCUAGCAUUGCCGACGCGGCAGCCACAGAGGAAUAUGUCUCUACAAUGGGUGGCGCCAGUGGCGGUGGCAUUGAUUUGACCACGCUGAGCGCACAACAGCAGGAGGGCCUUAUUGCCAAAUCACGGCUGUUUCACUUGCAGCCGGGAUUUGAGCAACAUCAGCAAACGACACUGCCGCCAACUGGUGCCCAGUUAGUGCCUUGCAAGCACUAUGACAUGGAUCACAUCAACUCCCUAACACCUCCACAAAAGGCUCCACCAGCGCCACCUGUUCUUAUGCACACCGUUUGCCAACAACCCGUACUGCAGCAGCAACAACAACAGCAACCAAAGCUCAAGGGACUUGGGUCGCGCAAGAAUCGUCAGCAAGCUUUAAGCGAGAAGACAACUGACUCGCCACUGGAAGGAAUUGAUUUGCCGCAGGAGCAGAUACGCUCCCAACCGCUGGGCGAAGACGAGAAGCAACAACAGCAGCAGAUAUCCUGUUCUGCAGAUGAACUGCGUUUGCAGAGAAGGCGAGGCUUCGAUACGCCCGGCGAUGGUAACGAUGGCAGCGAUGCAGCAUUGGAAACAAGUCAAAAAGUUGCCGCAGCCAGUGAUAGCAAUCAGAAUUCACUAACUGCAAGCGAAAACGGCUCUCAAAUUCCAGCGCUCAAUACCAGUGGCUCUAGCGCCAUCACCCACUCCUCGGAAGUGCUGCAGAGCACCGCAAUUAGCGAUCGACCCAAGGUCAAAGCCAGCAAUAAGAACAAUCGUAAGCAGGCGGCCACAUUGGCAGCGCGGGUGUCUACAGCAACUGGACAGCAGGGCCAGAAUCAAAUGGUCUCCUUCUUCAACAAUUUGCAAUUGCAACAGCAAAAGGAACUUCAAUUGCAACAACAAAUGCAGCAGACGCAGCUCAAAUUCCAGCAACAUCUGCAGUUGCAUCAUCAUCAGCAGCGCGCCGCGUCUCUUGUGGACUACUCAAAUUCUCCGGCCUCACCGAUGGCUUCCCCAACCGGAUGUGGCGGCAACAGCUUUGCCGAACAGCAACCGCCCAUGGAAGGUGCCAGCAGUGAAGUGCUGCAUCAAAAGUCUGCCAUGGAGGACUUUCGAGGUCUGCUUGAAACGGCGGUUAAUGAGUCAAUGAGCGCUCAAUCGUUGGUCCGCUUCAAUGACAAACUGGCCAGUGCUUCGCAGUUAAAGUUCUUUAAGGAGGGCUGGCAGAUGCACAAUUUUUUUGGCGAACAGCCCAAGUCACCUACUGAAACGCCGCCCGAAAUGGAGGAGACGAUCAUGUCGCCAAAUAUGGAGCGGGUUGAGAACCGGGCUGAAAUGAAGAAUCUGGCAACACUCUGCUCCGCAGCAGCCAUGGCCGCCCAGGUAACAGCGACGAAUAAGGAAAUCGAUGAAAUUGUCACCGACAUCGAAAGUGAGGAAGGGGAGGCUGACGGCGAAGAAAAUACCUUGCCACCGGAACCUAUUGAGCUCACGGAUACUAUAAUAGAGGAGGAGGUCGUUGAUGAUGACGAUGAUGAUGAUGAAGAUGAUCCGGACACCCAAAGUGGAGAAAUUGAUAAGUUGAACUACGAUGAUGAUGAUGCAGAUGCGGAAGUUGACUACAUAGACGAAGAUGAUGGCAACGAUGAUGACGACGGAGGCGAUGACGACGACGAAGACGAUGAGUUCUUCUUGGAUGUCAAUGUUGCCGUCGGGGAUCAGACCGACACCAACUCUAAAAGUGGGACAGCUCUGCGGCCAAAAUUGCGCAAAAUGUCAACAAGACUGGAGAACUUAUCAUUAUGCGAUUUUCGUCAGGAUUUGCCCAAUUCUGACCUAAUACAUAUGCUGCCCCUUAAGGCCGCGGCCGUCAACAAUGCUGCUCUGAACACUCUCCUCCAGCAACAGCUGGCAGCAGCAGUGCAUGCCAAGGCCCACAGCCAACAACAGCAGAACGCUGAACAGUGUGAUGAUGGAACACCUGCGGCUGCAGCUGGGGAGCUGUACGGUGGCCUCGACCAUUUUGCCAGUGAUGGAGCUGAUGGAGGACAAUAUGAAAUAACUGGUGAAAUGGAGGACAUAUUCCUGGAGCUGGCCAGCAAUCUGCAAUGUCCAGAACUCGCAGAGUUCAGCCUUAAUCAGAUGUGCAAGGGCAGGUUCUCCGGCCAUUGGUCUCAGUCGUCUGGCAAAUGGAGUGGACAGGAGCAGCUAUUGGCAGCAGCAGCCGCUUCACAGAGCCCACAGAUAUUGUUAAAUGCCGGCGAUGCUACAGCGGAUGCGCAACAGCAGCGUCAGGCGAAUCUCGUUCUCCUGGACUAUCCCAUCCAGGCUCAGCAAGCACUGCAACAGCGUUUGCUUGACGCUGAUGAUCUGCAGAAUAUGCAGCACCAGCAGACAUCUGUUGCAUUACUACCAUUCUCUGCAGACAGUGCCGCAGCUGGUGUUGCCACACAGCAGCAGCAACAGGUUCACUCAACACUGCCCAACAAUGCCGAGUUUCAGGUGCAGCAUCAACAGCAGCAAGCAUCAUCGGAAGGUGAUCCGGAGUUAAAGCAGCAGUUGCAACAACUGCAGCAGCAACACUCAAAUGCACGCAUUAUUAAAGCCGUUGCAGCGGCAACCGGCCAACAGCAACAGCAACUCCAGCAGCCUUCUGCCAACUUCGUCUACAAUGUGGAGAGCGGGGACAAAAACGCACCGCCAGUUCAGUUCUUGUUCCAGCUACCGCCGGUCAUGACACAUCAACCGCAGCAGCAACAACAACAGCCACAACAGCAGCAGCAACAGCAGCCUCCGAUAUCUGAGCAACCAACAGAUCUUCAGAUGCAUCAACAGCAGUUACUGCAAUGUGACCAAAAGCAACAGCAUAUGUUCCAGCAACGCGCCGAUCGAUUAAUCCAGCAGCAACAGCAGCGACCGCCCACACAAAACGAAUUGGAGCAGGUGGCGCAAGAGUUGCUGCUGCAGCAGCGGCAAUCACCUGCCGUCGGUUCAGUUGCUGGAGUCCAGGCGAUGCCCAUAACACAGAGCCUAAAGCAGAAGCACUUAAAUUUGCAAGAGCAGCUCUUGAUGCAUCCACCACCACAAAUGCAGGCACCCACGUGUGUGCAGCACCAGGUGUCCACACAGACUCAUGCAGGCUCUGUUAUUGUGCCCCAGCAAUUCACUCAAUUUGCACUUCAACAACAGCAACAACAGCAGCAACAGCAAGCCCCACAACAGCAGCAGCAGCAGCAAAAUGAGCUAUCAAUUUGGCCAAUGUCCACGCCCAAUGCACCGGCAGUGGGUGCAGCAACUGGUGCAACCAAAUCAAUGCCCGGGGGCAUUGCCAAGAAGGCAAUUGACAAGCAAUCUCGAAAGGAUCGACGCUGUUCCGGAUUUCGUCAAACACCAGCUGGUAGUCAAGUCAACACUAAUCAACAUCAGCAGCCGGUGACAACAGCAACGGCGGCGGCAGCAGCUGCAGCAGCAGCAGCGGCGGCAGCCCAGCAACAGGCACAACUACAAAAUCAACUGGCUGUUGCUGCCGCUGCAGCCGUCGAUAAAACUAUUGAGAUCGACUCGGAAACGGAGUCCAAUCAUGAUACGGCUUUAACGCUGGCUUGCGCUGGUGGACAUGAGGAGUUGGUUGAGCUGCUGAUCAGUCGAGGUGCGAAUAUCGAGCAUCGCGACAAGAAGGGUUUCACGCCUCUGAUACUGGCCGCCACCGCGGGUCACGAGAAGGUCGUGGAAAUUCUGCUCAAGAAUAAUGCAGAGUUGGAAGCGCAAUCUGAACGCACCAAGGACACACCGUUAUCAUUGGCGUGCUCGGGUGGACGGUAUGAGGUUGUCGAGCUGCUGCUAGGCGUUGGCUCAAAUAAGGAGCAUCGCAAUGUAUCGGACUAUACGCCACUGAGUUUGGCCGCCAGCGGCGGAUAUGUGAAUAUUAUUAAGCUGCUGCUCAAUCACGGCGCCGAGAUCAAUUCCCGUACUGGCAGCAAACUGGGAAUUUCGCCGCUAAUGUUGGCUGCCAUGAAUGGGCAUACGGCAGCAGUUAAGCUUCUUCUGGAUCAGGGAUCUGAUAUCAACGCACAGAUUGAGACAAAUCGCAAUACAGCCCUCACGCUCGCCUGCUUCCAAGGGCGUCAUGAGGUUGUCAGUUUACUGCUCGAUCGUCGCGCAAAUGUCGAGCAUCGAGCUAAGACCGGCCUAACGCCCCUCAUGGAGGCCGCAUCUGGUGGCUACAUUGAGGUGGGGCGUGUACUGCUUGAUAAAGGAGCCGAUGUGAACGCGGCGCCAGUGCCCACGUCUAGGGAUACGGCACUCACUAUUGCCGCCGACAAGGGACACCAAAAGUUUGUGGAACUGUUGUUGUCGCGUGGUGCCAGUGUGGAGGUGAAGAACAAGAAGGGCAAUUCGCCUUUAUGGCUGGCAGCACACGGUGGUCACUUGAGUGUGGUAGAGCUGCUGUACAAUCACAAUGCAGACAUUGAUUCCCAGGACAAUCGACGCGUUUCCUGUCUGAUGGCCGCUUACCGCAAAGGUCACACAAAGAUUGUGAAAUGGAUGGUACAGUACGUGUCCCAGUUUCCGUCGGACCAGGAAAUGAUCCGCUUCAUCGGCACCAUUAGCGACAAGGAGCUGAUUGAGAAAUGCUACGAUUGUAUGAAAAUACUGCGAGCCGCCAAAGAAGCACAGGCGGUCAAGGCUAACAAGAAUGCAUCCAUAUUGCUGGAAGAGCUCGACCUGGAGCGUACGCGCGAGGAGAGUCGCAAGGCGGCCGCUGCUCGUCGUCGUGAGCGCAAAAAGAAGAAGAAAAUGGAAAAGAAAGAGGAGAAACGACGCCAACAGCAGGUCAGCAAUGGACCGAACGCCGGAGACGACGAUCAGCAAGGCGACGACGACGAUGCCAGCGACAAUGAAAAGGACGACGACACUGACAAGGAGGAUGAUGAUGAGGAAGCGCCGCCUGCACGCGAAGAAGGCGAUUCAGGCAUUGAUCAGGGCUCCUGCUCCAGUGGCGAUACAAAAGCCGCACGUGUCACGUCUAGCCAGGCGGACACUGCCAAUGUCAACGGUGGCAGUGGCAACACCUCAGCCAAAAAGACUAAAAAGCAACAGCAGAAAAACAAAUCCCAACAACAAAUUCCACCCAACAACGAAGCAGCCGCCUCAACUCCAGCCGUGGCACCAGUGGCGUCUACGCCCAACGCAAAGAAUGGCGCUGCGAUUAAAAAGGCGACCACUACGGAAAGCUCCAAAGUGCCCUCCGGUGGCAGUCAGCCAUCAGCUGGUCAGCAAGUAAAGCGCCAGGCGGAUACCAAAAAGGAGGAACCCGCUGUCACAACAGCAGCAGCAGCAACCUUACCUGCAGCAGCUAUUCCUACUGCCAAUAGUAGCAAGAAAGCGGCCAAGGAAACGGGUAGCAACAAGCGAGAGAAGGAAAAUCUGGCACCGAAGGAGACAAUACCAGCGCCAAAGCCCCAAACACCUGGAUCGGGCAGCAAGCUGCUGCCGGUUAGCAAUGAGUCCGUCAGCAACAUUGCAACUCGGAAGGAUGCCGGAAAGUCAGCGGAAGUCAAGUCUGUGUCUGGCUCUGCUCCUCAGGCCAAGCGCAGCGAAAUCGACGGCUGGAAGGAGGUUGUGCGGAAGAGCAGCGCUCAGCAAAUGACAGUGGUUGGCAGUGCAGCUGGUGGUGCUUCCUCGAUUGGAGCUGGCGGCGCUAGCAGCGCCAACCUGACACCGAACAAUUCGACAACCAGCGUGAACAGCGGCAGUGUGGGUCAGCACCAUCACUCGGUAAGCAGUUCUAGUGCCAGCUCGCUGGCCACCUCCGCGCCAGAGAUGACCUGCAAAAAGGUUCAGGUGCCGGUGAAUGCCAUAUCGCGAGUGAUUGGACGCGCCGGGAGCAACAUCAACGCAAUUCGUGCCAAAACGGGCGCUCACAUCGAGGUUGAGAAGCAGGGUAAAAAUCAGUCGGAGCGCAGCAUUACCAUUAAGGGCUUGGCCGACGCCACCAAGCAGGCGCAUUUGCUGAUCGUGUCGCUUAUCAAGGAUCCCGAUGUAGACAUCUUGCAGAUGUUGCCACGCAUCAACAGCAGCAUCAAGGCCGGCAACUCAGUGCCACCAGUGAGUGCAACUAGCAGCAGCGGAGCCACUCAAAUGUCUGUUGGCACUUGGGAUAAUCGGACGGCUGCCGCGGCUGUAUCGAGCACAACGGCUACGGGUAACUAUUCCUCUGCUGCAUCCACAACAUCCACAUCGUCGAGCUCCUCGGCCGGUUCAGCGCCGGCCGUCGCUUAUAGUAGCGGUCAGGGUCAAAAUGCCAAGCAGUUGCAACAGGCGCCUGCCAGCGGUGCUAAGGCGUCAAGUGCACGCGGUGGUGCAUCCAAAUCGAAUGCCGCAGGCGGCAAAGCGUCCAGCUCAACGCGGGGCCAGAGCAGCCGGGCAUACAGUAGUACCCAGCCGCAAUCUGCACGUGGAGGUGUAUCCACUUCGUCCAGCUCCAAUGGCGUGGCUUCCACAUCAUCUUCGAAAACAAAACAGGAAAAUGGCAAUUCGCUCAAGUUAAUAACUACGUUUACUAAUCAGAAGAGCUCCUCGGCUGCAGCACAAGGAAAGUCCACACAAAGCUUUGCCAUGAAGGUAGCGCCAGGUGCAGCACAGUCGCCCAAGAAACUGGAUGCACCUGGCAUCGGUGGGCGCAGCAGUGGUGGUGUGGUUGUUGCGCCCUUCGGGCGUGGCAAGCCUGUGGGCGGCGCAGCUGCAGCUAUUUCGCAGCUGGGCAACAGUAACAACAACACAUUGGCUGGACCAAUUGGCACCUUCAACGUGGCCGAUGUGGCCGCAGUUAAUGCUGCCGCAGCGGCGGCUGCAGCCAGCAACAGUAACAGCAGCAACAACAAUAACAAUGCUAGCAACAGCAAUGGAAAGCCUCAUGUAGUAACGCCUAUUGCGCCACCCAGCAAGCGAAUCACCUCGCCCGUACCACAGAAUCUGCAGCAGCAACAACAGCAACAGCAGCAGCAACAAAACCAGCAGCAACAAUUGCCACAGCAGCAGCAGCAGUCGUCUCAACUGCAUCAGCUCCAACAACAAGGGCAUCAGCAGCCAACUCAAGCGAACAACAACCAACAGAAUUUGGUCAUCAAUACGAACGUAUUGAACGAUAUGAUGACCACCGAUAGCUUCAGUGCUCAACUGGCUGCGAAACUGUCCAGUGCAUAUUCCCUGUUCAGCGAUUACCAGCAAUCGCAGUGGGGUAAACUGGCUGUGGAUGGAAAUGCUGGCGGUGCUACAGCCGGCACAGGCAAUGCUACUGGCUGCGGUUUGAAUGCCAUGGUGGGCGAUGUGUUGCCACAGGCUGAUGCCUCCAAGGCGCCGGGCUACAAUCGCAACAUACUCAGCUCUCCUGUGGGCAGCUCAAAAGCCUCCUCGAAUCAUUCAACCUCGCCGCCGGUGGGCAAUGCAGCGAUGCCAAUGCAACAGCAGCCUCCGAGCAGCCAACAGAGCGUGCAGCAGGCACUCAACAUAAUCACCAGUGGAGCUGGGGUCAGCGCAACAGCAGCCAGAUCACCAUUGGUGGCCGAGCCUACAGCAGGCGCCAACGGAGUUGCUUCAUCUGGAGUGGUAACUGUCAAUGGCACCCAGAGUCACGGAGAUAGCACCAACGCGGCAGCCGCUCACUCACCUGGCGUCAUCAAGCCCCCAACAGCACCAAUUCAGAGGCCUUCGAUCCCUAUGCAAAUGCAAUCCGCACCAGAGUCUGCAUCUGGCAGCAAUUUUGGAACGGUGCCCGCUUUAGCAGCAGCAGCUGCAAUUGCCAAUGCAGCAAUGAUUGAUCGCCAGGUCCAGGAUAUGCAGCGUCUGCAGCGUCUUUAUGACAAAGUGGGGACGCCUCAGCAGCCGCAUAACUAUCCAAUGGAACCUUCAAGUCUCCACCAUAUGGUCGAUGGCAUCAUGCGACUGAAUCCGCGAGCAACUGUCUUCGGUCAAGGCAACAAGGCGCCGCCACAGCAACAACCUAGUGGCAACAAUCAGGCGCCAAGCGCGCAACAGUCCAAUAUGUUUGCCAAUCAGGGCCGGCAGGCGCCUGGCGCACGCCAGCAGCCCGUGGGCGGUGCAGCUGCUGUGGCACAGCAGCGGUGGUAUGGUGGCGCCUUAGAGUAUCCAGCUUACAGUGGACGCGACAUGCUGCAUUUGGAGAAUGGCGGCGGCCUAGCCGGCUUGAGCUCACCAUCUGCCAUGUCACCCAACCAUGAUGACAUACGCAAGAUGCCGCGCCCCAUUGGCACCGAGCGCGCAGCAGCCUCCUGGAAGUAUAACAACUACAAUGUGGCCGCCACUGCGCUUAACAUGGAUGAGGCUUUGGUAAAUAUGCAUGUGCCAUGGGCGAAUGAGCACAAGGCGCAGCCACCAGGCUUACAGCAGCAACAGCAACCGCAGCAACCACCCAAUUGGCUGAAGCAGCCAUAUAGGCCAUACAACAAUGGGCCCUAUCCGCAGCACGAGCCGAUGAACAUGCCUAUGGACUAUCACAACAUGCAGCAGCAGCCGCCACCGCCACCUCCGCAGCAGCAACAACAGCAUGUGAAUCUAAUACCGCCGUCGUACGUCUUUCAGCAUUUCGCUCACGGCGCUGACGAUGUGUCCUCACAUUUGCCCAACAAAGUGGAGCCUUGGGAACACCAUGAUAAACACCAGCCCUGGGCAAACUAUACCACGAACUGGUCAAACUGAUGCGCCAGCGAAAAGGAUGCAGCGGCCAGUGAAUGGACAUCGGGCUAGCAUGCUGCAACGAACUGUGUCAGAUCGGAUUGUAUCUGAUCAAAUCUUAUCGGAUUGGACUAUAUAUAAAACAAGGAAAAGUCGUUGCCAAUACACAUGAAAGGAAAGCACAGCAAUAUAAUACCGGGCAAAGUCGUCGUGAAAAUGUAAAUGCCAAUUGUUGGCUCGAUUGUCUUUUCACAUUUUCUGGGCGCCUUCACG